CCGCCCUCCAUUCCACCUUGCUCCGGAGGUCCGAUUUUCACGUUUUGAUUGGGCCUCGCGCCCCGGGGCUGGGCAUACGCGAGCUCACGUGACUGUGCGCAGGCGCGUUGAGAACUUGUGCGGGACCGCGGCUGCGGGAAGUUGAGCAAGAUGCAACGAGAACACAGUCCCUCUGCUUCCCUCAUUGAUAGAACCAUCAAGAUGAGAAAAGAGACAGAAGCUAGGAAAGUGGUUUUAGCUUGGGGACUCCUGAAUGUUUCUAUGGCCGGCAUGAUAUAUACUGAAAUGACUGGGAAAUUAUUAAGUUCAUACUAUAAUGUUACAUACUGGCCCCUCUGGUAUAUUGAGCUUGCACUUGCAUCUCUCUUCAGCAUGAAUGCCUUAUUUGAUUUCUGGAGGUAUUUUAAAUAUACUGUAGCACCUACAAAUCUGGUCAUCAGUCCUGGACAGCAGACACUUUUAGGACUGAAAACAGCUGUUGUGCAAACUACUCCUCCACGUGAACUGGUGGCAAACAAUAUACCUCCCUCUACACCUUCUCCUCCAAUACAGGGUCAGAGUGUGUUGAGUUAUAGCCCAUCUCGCUCCCCAAGUGCAAGUCCCAAGUUUACUAUGACAGGAUAUAGCCCUCAACUCCAAGGUCUGUCAUCAGGUGGCAGUAGUUCUUACAGCCCUGGAGUGACCUACUCACCUAGUACUAGUUAUAGUAAGGUGUCUGGUUAUAGUCCUUCCCCUGGUUCUUCUCCAUAUCCUACAACCAUUGGUCCAGCAGAGAGCUCUGGCUUGCGAUCUCGGUACCGGGCCUCAACAACUAUCUAUAACUCUCCAACUGGCAAAGAAGACUACAUGACAGAUCUCAGAACCUUGGACAGUUUUCUUCGAGGGGAAGAAGAGAAGCAACAUAGGGUUCAGCUGGGGAGUACAGAUUCUACCUCACCUUCUAGCAGUCCUACUUUCUGGAACUACAGUCGUUCCAUGGGCGAUUAUGCACAGACACUAAAGAAAUUUCAAUACCAGCUGGCUUGCAGGUCUCAGGCCCCAAGUGCUAACAAGGAUGAAACUGACCUUGGUUCUAAACAGGCUGCAGAAGAGGUGUGGGCAAGAGUGACUAUGAAUCGACAACUUCUUGAACAUAUGGAUUCAUGGACUGCCAAGUUUAGAAAUUGGAUCAAUGAGACAAUAUUAGUGCCACUUGUUCAGGAAAUUGAUUCUGUCAGUACACAAAUGAGAAGAAUGGGCUGUCCAGAACUACAGAUAGGAGAAGCUAGUAUUACUAGCUUAAAGCAAGCUGCCCUGGUCAAAGCCCCACUCAUUCCAACUUUGAAUACUAUAGUGCAAUAUCUAGACCUCACACCAAACCAGGAAUACUUAUUUGAAAGGAUUAAAGAACUCUCCCAAGGUGGUUGCAUGAGCUCAUUCCGAUGGAAUAGAGGUGGGGACUUCAAAGCACGAAAAUGGGAUACCGACCUACCCACUGAUUCUGCUAUCAUUAUGCACGUAUUUUGCACUUACCUUGACUCUAGACUACCUCCACAUCCUAAGUAUCCUGAUGGAAAAACAUUUACUUCUCAGCACUUUGUUCAGACACCAAAUAAACCAGACAUUACAAAUGAAAACGUGUUUUGCAUCUACCAGAGCAACAUUAAUCCUCCCCAUUAUGAGCUAAUUUACCAGCGUCACGUCUACAGUCUCCCAAAGGACAGAAAUAACAUGUUCCAUACGUUGUUAAUGUUCUUAUACAUCAUAAAAACCAAAGAGUCGGGAAUGCUUGGGAGGGUUAAUCUCGGCCUUUCAGGAGUGAAUAUUUUGUGGAUUUUUGGAAAAUAGCUCACUUAAUCUCUCCUUUUGACAUCCUUUAUUUUGACUGGCGGGCGAAUCUUGGCCUCUCAGGAGUGAAUAUUUUGUGGAUUUUGGGAGAAUAGCUUAUUUAAUCUCUUCAUUUGGGGCUCCUUUAAUUUGACUGGAUCAAAUAAAGAUAUCACCCUUUUUGAAGAAGAUUCUAAGACUCCUGCUGCUGCACAGUCUGAAAUAGGAUAUAUAACACAUUCUGGACAAAAUGAAAGCCGGGGUAGUAAGAAGCUGUUGUUAUAACAAACUUUGACAAUCUUCUGUAACAAAAAAGUCGGGCAGCUAGGUGGCACAGUGGAUAAAGCACCGGCCCUGGAUUCAGGAGGACCUGAGUUCAAAUCCGGCCUCAGACACUUGACACUUACUAGUUGUGUGACCUUGGGCAAGUCACUUAACCCUUAUUGCCCUGCAAAAAAAAAAAAAACCCAAAACAAAAAAAGUCAUUAACUCUGGUUUACAUACAUUUCGGGUUUUUGUAACUGUCUGCCAUGUAAUAUUGCCCUCUAGAGUUCUUUUAAAGAAAGUGUGUCAUCUUUUUAGUAAACUCUGGUUUUGAGGAAAGCCUCAGAAAUGAAACCAAUCCAUAGGAUUGCAAAACUUCAUACGUAAAAUAGUUUCACAAUCCAUUUUCAGUCUCACGUAUUUUAGCAUAGCUUCAUAUCUUAAAGACAGUAAAUUGGGAACUUAGCUGGUAAUUUGUCCCCAAAUUUCACCUGUCUUAUGAAUCACCCAAAACAAAAGCUUAACUCUUGGUUAAAACUAAUUUAUCAGAGAUAGUAAUACUAGUAAAAAAAUACUUUACAGUAUUAGCUCCAAGGAAUCUGAAUUUAAGUUAAACUUGAAGUUUUGAAAGAAUUUCAUUCAGCUCUUUGGGUUAAGCUUCUCAGGGAUAUUAGGGAUUAUUGAGUAAUAAAGAAUUUUAUAAUACUUGGUUUUAAUCACUCAAAUAUACCAUUCACAGUAUUGUAUUAUUUGAACAUUUCUGUCUUUUAAGAUUAAAAUAUCAGCCUAACCUGUUUUAAACUCUCCAGAAAAAAAGAAUUAUUAAUGCCAGGAGGAAGUAAAUUUUUUGUGUGUUUUCUUGCUUCUUUCAAAGAGGGGAAAGGGUAGAUUUUAGAUAAUACAGUAUGAUGGUGAGUGUGACAUUAGAAAGGAAACUGAGAAUUACCAGGAGCCACCAUGGGUUUAUUUAAAAUGUCAUGCCAAACUGGUUUCAUUUCCUUUUUCUUUUUUUUUUUUUUACACAAUAUUACUAAAUCUGGGGAUUGCUGGAACCAUAUCUGGAUAUCUGUAAGGAUAUCUGUAAAACUAUUUUACAGUCUGUCAUGAUACACUUGUGGAGAAGUAUAGAUGCUAAGUUAGAUGGAUUCAUAGGUGUCUAACCAUACCCAAAGAGCAAUCAGAUGGUCAGUUGUCCUAAAAGAACUCUAGCAACAUAAUACAAGGCUGCCUUUAGCUCUGUUUUUAUCAGAUUAAAUAAAGAAAUAAAUGGGAUGUUUACAAGAGAGAGCUGGUAGGCUAGCUGAUAUAUUGGGUAAUGGAAUCAUUCAGUCUCACUUGGUAAAGCUAUGGACUAGAUUAAGCUCAGUAUGAAUGAUUAGUGAGAAUGGCAGCUUAAAAAGCUAAUGUGACUUCAGGGUGUAUUCUCACUUUUAUUUAGUGCUCUAAAGUAUACAAAGCACUUUCCUUACUGCAGCUCUGUGAGGUACAUUAAUGCAAGUGGUACCCCAGUUUUAUAGAAAAGGUACACAGAAAGGUUAGGCAACUUGACCAUAGUCACAAUGCUCAUCAUGGUCAGAGCCCAGAUUUGCUCCCUCACUCCAAGCCCAGUGCUCCUUCCACUGUACCAUUUCCUGUCUAGUAGCCUUUAGUGUCCAAAAAAAAAGGAACAGUGCUUGUUCCACUUUUACUCAGCAUUGAUCAAAUUGAACUUGAUGUGUUUGGUUCUGGGCACUAACCUAUUUUUGCUGUAGAUAGAGAAACUGUUGUUUUAGGUUAAGAACAUUGGCUGUGAUGUCUUGUAAGAAAAUGUCAACUGAAGUUAUAAACGUGAAGGUUUGUCGUAUUUCAGUGGAUGAUAAUUGAAAAUAUCAUUGUAAAACAGUUGAUGGGAAAAUGUUUAUAGUUCAUUUUAAAAUGUUUGAAACCAGAAUACUAAUGAUUAAGUAUUUCCUUUUCCUUUAUGUCUUCUACCCCGGAUCUUCAAAAAAUUAGACCCAUGAUAGAUUUUUUUAUAUAUAUAUUGACAGUAACAGUCUGUCUUUGGAGUUUACAAUAAACCAUAAAAUGUAAAAAACUGGCUAGAUGAUGUACUUGGGAAACAACCCAAAAAAUGUCUUCUGUGGGUAUUAAAGACUAUUAUUUGGUGUAUUAUUGAA